UUUCUGUUCGUUUUAUAGUUUAAAAUGGAAGUACCGGGAGGUGAUAAUGACUGGAGGAGUCAGGGAUUCCGACAGAAAGUGGUAUCACAAAUAGAGGAUGCCAUGCGCAAGGCUGGAACCCAACACAACAAAUCCAGCACUGAAAUGGAGGGUCAUGUGUUUACCAAAGCUAAAACAAGAGAGGAGUACCUGUCCAUGGUUGCGAGGCUGAUUAUUCAUUUCAGAGAUAUCCAUAAGAAAGCACAAGGAGUGCAGGAUCCAAUGAACCCUCUGCAGAAUCUCCCAGGCGUGGCCGCAGGCGUCCCCGGGAUCGUCGGCAUGGCCCCCCGUCCUCCCGGAGCUCAAAUGAGUGGCGUGGGGGUCAUGAACCAAAUGCAGAUGGGCCAGCAUGCAAUGCAGGGAGGUCCGGGGAAUCAGCAGGGCGCUGCAGCAGCAGGGCAGAUGCAGAUGCAAAUGACACAGCAGCAGCAGCAGCAGCAGUCCAUUCAGUUUCAGCAGUUCCACACGCAGCAGCAAACAGCCAUGCAGCAGAAAGCCAUGCAGCAGCAGCAGUUUCAGGUUCAGCAGCAGUUGAAGCUGCAGCAGAUGCAGCAGCAGCAGCAGCAACAACAGGCCCAGGCUCAACAACAACAGGCCCAGGCUCAACAACAACAGGCCCAGGCUCAACAACAACAGGCCCAGGCUCAACAACAACAGGCCCAGGCUCAACAACAACAGGCCCAGGCUCAACAACAACAGCAGCAGCAGCAGCAGCAGCAACAGCAGCAGCAGAACCAGAUGCACCAGUCCAGAAUUCAGCAGCAGCAGCAGUUAGUUCAGCUGCACCUUCAGCAGCAGCAGCAACAACAACAGCAACAAGCACAAGCUCAGGCUCAAGCUCAGGCUCAAGCACAGGCUCAGGCUCAAGCUCAGGCACAGGCUCAGGCACAGGCUCAGGCUCAGGCUCAGGCUCAAGCACAAGCACAGGCUCAGUCCAUUCAACAUUUACAACAACUCCAGCAGGUUCAGGCCCAGCCUGGCCAAAUGCCCCCUCACACCCAGCCUCCACAGAUCCUGGUGCCCCAGUCAGUGGCUGGUCAGAUGCCGCCCGGACAGCACCAAGCCAUCGGAUCUCUCAGCCAACAGCAACAACAGCAGCACCAGCAACAGCAACAGCUGAAGAUCCAGCAGGCGUAUCAGGCUAGAGCAUUGCAGCAGCAGCAGCAACAGCAGCAGGUCCAGCAGGCCCAGCAGGCGGCGGCGGCUCAGGCGCAGCAGGCGACGGCCCAGGCGCAGCUGGCAGCGGUGUCCGGAACGAUGAUGCCCCGUGCUGGGAUGCAAAUGACACCCCGGUUGCCCCGCGCCACCCCGAACUCUGCCAUUUCUCCAAACCCCGCUGCUAUGGGAGGACAGCAAAUGCCACAGAAUCAGCAGAUGUCCUCACCGUCUCCAGUUCAGGUACAGACGCCCCAGCCGUCCAUGCCUCCGCCUCCCCAGCCCCAGCCCUCUCCACAGCCGCCUUCCUCUCAGCCCAACUCCGUCAGUUCUGGUCCGACUCCUUCACCGGGAGGUUUUCAGCCCAGUCCGUCUCCUCAACCCUCCCAGAGCCCGGCCACAGCCCGAACCCCUCAGAGUUACCCGCUUCAGGUGCCAUCUCCUGGACCCCUCAACACCCCAGGGAACCCGAGUUCUGUGAUGAGUCCGGCCGGCGCUUCACAGUCAGAAGAUCAGCUGUACAUGGACAAACUCAAACAGCUCUCCAAGUACAUCGAGCCGCUACGCCGGAUGAUCAACAAAAUUGAUAAAAAUGAAGACAGAAAGAAGGAUCUGAGCAAGAUGAAAAGCCUGCUGACCAUUCUUACGGAUCCCAACACCAGAUGCCCCCUGAAAACGCUACAGAAGUGUGAAAUCGCGCUGGAGAAGCUGAAGAACGACAUGGCGGUGCCGACCCCUCCUCCUCCUCCAGUGUCCUGCUCAAAGAAGCAGUACCUGUGCCAGCCUCUGCUGGACGCCGUGCUGACCAACAUUCGCUCGCCGGUCUUCAACCAUUCGCUGUAUCGAACGUUCGCCCCGGCGAUGACGGCCAUCCACGGACCGCCGAUCAUGGGUCCCGUCAUUCCCGUCCGUAAGAGAAAGUUCGAGGAGGACGAUCGGCAGACCAUCCCGAACACCCUCCAGGGCGAGGUGGCGCGCCUGGAUUCCAAAUUCCUGAUUAACCUCGACCCCUCCUUCUGCAGCAACAACGGCACCGUGCACCUCGUCUGCAAACUGGAUGAUAAGAACCUCCCCAGUGUUCCACCCCUGCAGCUCAGCAUCCCGUCCGACUAUCCCGACCAGAGCCCACAGUGGGAAAACGACGACCAGCAGUACGAGGCGAAUCCGUUCCUGCAGACCGUCCACAGGAACAUGACCUCCAAACUCCUGCAGCUUCCCGACAAGCACUCGGUCACGGCUCUGCUCAAUACCUGGGCUCAGAGUGUGAGACAGGCCUGCCUGUCCGCCGCCUGAUCCCGCCGUUCAUACCCCCGAACACUUACCUGCACACUACCCUAAACACACACAUACUUGGAAAUAUGUUUGCAUUUCUGAAGGAGAAAUACAAUUUUGCUACGAAUAAAUGCAUUUUAUUUGCAGAAA